AUGGACGGCAAGACACACGACGGUUGGCCUGUUCGCAGCGUUAUUCCUGAUAACCCGCCGCUGGCAGACCUGGUCGGUUCCAUCCAGGAAGGACUUGAGGCCAAUUUCGCGUCUGUUGCUGUGACCAUAGAGCAGAGCCCCGACCUACGAGAAAAGCCGUUUUAUCUGGCCUCGCCCGGCCUCUCCGGCAACACCCGUAUAGCGGACGUUGGGAGCCCAAAGUUUGCGGAGCCGGCCCCAGACAUGUCCAAGGAGUAUGACUUGCUCUCAGUAGCGCAGACCGUUGGCAUGUCAGCUCGACAGGGAGUCGUGAUUGGUGCCAGCGCCGCGCCCAUCCACCAUCUUGGAACAAAUGCCGAGUACAUGCCCAACGUCUUGUACGAGGGUCUCGAGGGCGUUUCGGCCAAGAAGUUGACCAACCUGUCACGAUACUCCAAGAUUGAUGACUCCGGAAGCGUCGUCGUCGAGCAGAUUGCCAACGACGUUACGGCCUUUGCGCUGCUCGCCAACCUAUUCACAGCGGACGGGUUUCCAGGCCCUCUGGUCCACGUCAGAGUCAAGGGCCGUAAGGGACAACUUGGCUUCUCCGAUUCCAUCCGGGAUGGCUUGAAGGGUGGUUUCGGUAGCCGCCUCAUCAGCAUGGGCGGCGUGUUCGCCAUGUCCAAUGGCAGGGCAAAUCUUCACACGAUGGCACAUUCCGUAGACCAGCCGUUCAAGGGAGAGGUCAAGCACCCUUGGCUUCGCUGGUUUAACGGCGAGGCGCCACUUGUAGGCCUGACGGUAUUUCAUUCGGGGGAUGACCGUGGUUGCCAGUUACGUGGUGAGCAUACGCAUUGCUUCUCCAUUGAUGGAGAUGGGCUUGGAGGACACUUUAAUGGUGACGUCGACGCUACAAGGGAGACGGUGGAAUACGAGGCAUGGCUUAACACGGCCGAUAUUGUGUAUAGAAUAGAUGCGCCCAUGUUGUAG